UUGGUUGAUUUAGAAUUAACGAACCGACCGCCUGAGGGUAUUCUGGCAGCGCCAAUAGACGAAGAUAACUUCUUCGAAUGGGAGUGUUUGAUUACUGGUCCAGAGGACACGUGUUUCGCGAACGGCGUAUUCCCAGCUCGAAUUUCAUUUCCGCAAGACUAUCCGCUCAGCCCGCCAAAAAUGAGGUUCACAUGUGAUCUCUUCCAUCCUAAUAUCUACCAAGAUGGGCGUGUUUGUAUUUCAAUCUUGCAUGCACCUGGUGAUGAUCCAACCGGCUAUGAAAGUUCGUCAGAGAGGUGGAGCCCUGUGCAAUCUAUUGAGAAGAUCUUACUUAGUGUCGUUAGUAUGCUAGCUGAGCCAAACGAUGAAUCACCAGCAAAUGUCAACGCUGCAAAGAUGUGGCGUGAGGACCGCCUUCAAUUUGAGAAGAUUGCCGACAAUCUUGUGCGGAAAACACUCUGUCUUCCUCAAUCAGAAUCGUAA